AUGAGAAACAUUCUAAGUGAGCGGCAGGUCCUGGGGUGCUUGCACCAGCAUUUGGCCAAUGCCUUGAAGACUUUGGCAUUCAACGAGCACAUGGAGGAGCAUGUGCCCGAAAUCUCCCAGGGCUCCCAGGUGGCCACUUUGAAGACACCGCUCUUCAGCUAUCAAACUGAAGCAGUACAGCGGUUGCUGCAAAGCCGCCACCAUGGAGCAACUGGAUCUUUGGAUGCUUCAUCUCUGGGUGCUGGAAAAACAUUGGUGGCGAUCAGCUGUAGCCUUUUUCUUGCAGCACAGCAUAAUGGCGGCGAUGUUUUGGUUUUGGUGCCUUCCAGCUCUUUGAUGGACAGCUGGCGACAACAAAUUGAGCAGCACACACAAGGCGUGUUGGUGCAGAUGCAGCAGGAGAAUGGGGUCCUUCGUGAGGUCCGACAGAUCGAAAAAUCGAAGAAGCGUGGCCAUGAGGGCACACAUGGGCAUUCCGUCACCUUCAUCAUCACCACCUACGCUCGGGCUAUGCGGCAUCCUUUCUCUUGCACCUGGCUUCUUGUGAUCGCAGAUGAAUGCUUGGCUCUUCAGAACACGGACUCGUUACAAUGCGCGGCCUCUUGGCGCUUGGUCUCCAGAGCCCUUUAUGGAGGUCAUUUCAUAUCGGGCACUAUGUUUCGAAAGCACUACAGCGAUCUUUUGGACAUGCUGAAGAUGUUGAGGAGCUCCAUUCCUUUGCGAGCUGAGUUCGUCCAGGCGUAUUUUGCAGCGUACUUGAUCAGCUACGUGCGCCCGCAGCGCUCGUGGUCCACCGAACUCGUUCCGCUGAGUAUCCCAGCCUCAGUGCAAGCCAGCUAUUCAGAGGUCUUGGACGAGUGUCGUGGGCGAGGAGCGCAAAACUUUGUGAAGGUCCUGGCUCGGAUGCGUUGUUUGUUGAGCACUUCCUUGCAGCAAGACGCACUCCCUCUUAGCCAAGCUGUUUGGACUACAGUGCAAAAGCUGAGGGCGGAAGGUCGCCGGCCCUUGGUUUUUGCUUCCACGGAGCGAGAGGCAGAAGCUUUGGUGCGGCACAUCGCUUGCGCCAGACGCUUCAGACGGAGUCAUCCCAAGCACUGCAAAGGCUGCGAUCUUUGCAGGAACUUCAAUAAGUUUGUCAAGCCAGGAACAAGCAUGGCCCCCAUCGAAGGCUCAGAAUCUCAGGAAGAGCUGCUGAUUUUCACCGUGGGCGCUGACUCAGCUGGAUUGAAUCUGCAAUCCCUGGGAGAUGCAUUGGUUCUGCGUCCGGUUCAGAUGGAUCAGCUCGUCCAGAUGAUGGGCCGGUUGGAUCGGCCAGGGCAAACAUCCCAAACACUUUGCCGAGCGAUUCUGUACAUGAAGCGGACACAUGAAGAGGCAGAAGUGGCUCACCUGCAGAAGCACGCAGCAUUUUGGAGUCUUCAUGUCAAGCCGGUUGCGCGGCUCAUAGUCAUGGCAACUGACUCAGAGGAUGUGGGUGGGAAGUACAACGAAUUGCUCGAAAAGACUACGACCUCAGUACCGGCGGCUCCAGAUGAACAAAGACACCGUCAUGCAAUAGCCAAUUCGAAGGAAGAUGUGUGGCCAAAGACCUAUCAUUUCCGAAAGCGUUCUUGGGGAGUUUCCAAGAUUUUGAAGUUGACCUCAAAGCGGCAAAGAGUUGAAGCUGCGAAGGUCUUUCAGCAGAUUCAGAGUGCCACGACUUCCAUUGACUUGGGGACGUCACCUUGGCCGGAGCUUCCUAUUACAAUGACCUGGCAGAGUGUUCAGCUUGGAGUCGGAUACCUCGUUCAGAAUGAUGAUCGGUUCAGGCACGUGGUGCAGUUGAUUGGUCCGCCCACCGCCAUUUUAGAGCUCCUGGGCAAGGGAAGGCCUGAUCCCUUCACCACCUUGGUCCAGACUGUAUGCCAUCAGCAGCUCAGCGUGAAGGUUUGCCAGGGCAUGUUUCAACGCUUGCUGAGUCUUUGUGGUAACAGGGACUCCAAGAUACUGCACCCUGAGCAAGUGCUGCAGGAGUCACCAGACAAGAUUAGAGAAGUGGCCAAGCUCUCGUAUCGAAAGAUCCAAUAUAUUCAGGGGAUUGCUCAGCGCUUCUUAGAUGGCACGUUAAAUAGUGAGAUCUUUGACCAGGCCUCUGACCAAGAAGUACGUGAGCGCAUGAUGCAGCUUCCGGGCAUCGGCGAGUGGACCUUGGAAAUGUUCUUGAUCUUCCAACUACACCGGCACGGAGGGAUCCCAUUCGGCGACGUGGCCAUCCAAAGUGCCAUGAAGCUCAUUUACAACAUUGCUCCGCCUGCAGAGCUCACCACGAAGAACGAGGUCUCAUGGAUGCCAAGCAAAGCGCAAAUGGAGCCUUUCGCCAUGCGCUGGGGACCCUUUGGUAGCAUCGCAUCGCUUUACUUGCUGCGGGUUGCAGACAAUGUCAAUGCCAUUUUUCUGCCGGAUUGA